AUGGGUGGCCCAGGUUGUGGCAAAGGGACACAGUGCAAGAACAUGACAACCAAGUAUGGCCUCUGCCACGUGGGGCUGGGCCAGUUGCUACAUCAGGAAGCCCAACAGAGCACCCGGCAGGGCCAAAAGAUCCCUGAUAUCAUGCUGCAGGGGCUCCUGGUUCCCUUUAUGGCUGCCUUGGUGGGCCAGGCUGCCAACAUCGUCAUUGUGUUCGACUGUUCCACGGAGACCAUGGUCCAGAGAGUUUGGGGCCGGGUGAAGCACCAGGCAGAUGACUGCGAAUCUGCCAUCCACCAGCGCCUGGAGACCCACUAUACCAUGUGUGAGCCCAUCUUGACCCUCCAUCAGCAGAAGAACCUGCUCUGA